UAGGGGAGUGCAAGGAAGGCUUUGUUUUGGAUGAAUGGCUGGAGAGUUUCUCAGGAAGAUCUCAAGAGACUCUUUCUUUCCCGAAUGAGCUGCCUGCCACAGCAGUUGUAGAGAAGACAGCUGGGGAAUUCCAGGGGUUCUCUUUGGAAAAUGCCAAGAAUGAAGAUGCUGAAGGAAAGUUGGGAGAUGGAGAUGGACCACAGAGGCAGAUGGAAAGCCAUGCAGGGAAAGAUCAGCAGAAUGAGGAUAAGGAACAGCAUCCACUAUUGCCAGAUGUAAUCCAGAAUGAAGAUAUGAAGGGAAACUUCAGGAACCAUGGAAGACCCAAGAGGCAGAAAGGCAGCCACAUGGUCGAGAAGAGGGACAAACCUAUUCCUUGUCAAAGGGAGGAUUUCCAAGAAGUCAUUCACAUGGUGGAGGAUACAGACAAGGUCUUGGAGUGUGGAAGGAACAUCUCAGAUCAAACCCAAUAUAAGGUUCAUUUAGAAAUGCAUAGUGGAAAGAGCAGCCAUGAAUGCUUGGAGAGUGGAAAGACCAUGAUUGGCAGAGCAGAGCUUUGUAGACCUCAAAGAACACAUAUAGGAGAGAAACCUUAUAGGUGCUCAGACUGUGGCAAGAGCUUUUCAGAGAAAUCAGACCUUAUUCAGCACCAAAAGGUUAAUUCAGGGGAAAAGCAAUUUAUCUGCUCAGAGACUGGAAUGGCAUUCUCUGAUGGAAGAAAGCAUAAUGUAAGCUUCCCAAAAGCCAAUAUAACAAAGGCACAUAAAUGCUUUCAGUGUGGAAAGUACUUCAGAUAUAGAUCACACCUCAUUGCACACCAAAAGGUCCACAGAGGGGAGAAACCAUUUGAAUGCUCAGAGUGUGGGAAGAGAUUCAGUCAGAGUGGCCAUCUUAAAGACCAUCAACGAAUUCACACAGGGGAGAAGCCUUUUCAGUGCUCAGAGUGUGGGAAGAAAUUCAUGCACAGUGGCCGUCUUAAAGAUCAUCAACGAAUCCACACAGGGGAGAAGCCUUUUGAAUGCUCAGAGUGUGGGAAGAGAUUCAGUCGGAGUGGCACUCUUCAAAAGCAUCUAAGAACCCACACAGGGGAAAAGCCCUUUGAAUGCCCAGAGUGUGGGAAGAGAUUCAAUCAGAGUGGCACUCUUGAGCAUCAUCUAAGAACUCACACAGGGGAGAAGCCUUUUGAAUGCUCGGAGUGUGGGAAGAGAUUCAGUCGGAGUUGCACUCUUCUACAGCAUCAACAAAUCCACACAGGGGAGAAGCCAUUCGAAUGCUCAGAGUGUGGGAAGACAUUCUGUUGGAGUGCCUCUCUUCAACAGCAUCAACAAACUCACACAAAAGAGAAACCCUUUGAAUGCUCAGAGUGUGGAAAGUGUUUCAGUUCUGGUAGAAUUCUUCAAAGUCAUCUAGGAACCCACACAGGGGAGAAGCCUUUUAAAUGCUCUGAUUGUAGGAAGAGUUUCAGUUCUAGCAGCAUUCUUCAACGUCAUCUAAGAACCCACACAGGGGAGAAGCCUUUUAAAUGCUUGGAUUGUGGGAGGACAUUCAGUCGGAAUAGCCAUUUUCAAGAGCAUCAAAGAACCCACACUGGGGAGAAACCGUUUGAGUGCUCAGUGUGUGGGAGGACAUUCAGUCAGAGUAGCCAUUUAAAACAACAUCUAAAAACCCAUACAAGAGAGAAGCCCUUUGAAUGCUCAGACUGUGAGAAGGCAUUCAGUCGGAGAGCCACUCUUCAACAGCAUCAGAAAACCCACACAGGGGAGAAGCAUUUUGAAUGCUCAGAGUGUGGGAAGAGAUUCACUCGGUGUGGCACUCUCCAAGAGCAUCAAAGAACUCACACAGGGGAGAAGCCCUUUGAAUGCUCAGAAUGCGGGAAGAGAUUUAUUUCAAGUGGUACUCUUCAAAGGCAUCAAAGAAGCCACACAGGGGAGAAGCCGUUUGAAUGCUUAGAUUGUGGGAAGAGAUUCAGCCACAGUGCCAGUUUUCAAGAGCAUCAAAGAAGCCACACAGGGGAGAAGCCGUUUGAAUGCUUAGAUUGUGGGAAGAGAUUCAGCCACAGUGGCAAUUUUCAAAAACAUAAACGGACUCACACAGAGGAGAAGGCCUUUGAAUGCUCAGAGUGUGGGAAGAGAUUCAAUCGGAGUAGCACUCUUCAACAGCAUCAACAAACCCAUACAGGGGAGAAACCCUUUGAAUGCUUAGAAUGUGGCAGAAGAUUCUGUCGGAAAGGCACUCUUCAACAGCAUGAAAGAACCCACACAGGGGAGAAGCCCUUUGAAUGCUCAGUGUGUGGGAAGAGAUUCACUCGGUGUGGCACUCUCCAAGAGCAUCAAAGAACUCACACAGGGGAGAAGCCCUUUUAAUGCUCAGAAUGUUGGAAGAGAUUUAUUUCAAGUAGUAAUCUUCAAAAGCAUCAACGAACCCACACAGGAGAGAAACCCUUUGAAUGCUCAGAGUGUGGGAAGAGAUUGAGUCAGAGUGGCCAUCUUAAGGAUCAUCAACAAACCCACCCAUGGGAGAAGACCUUUGAAUUUGCCAACUGUAGGAAGAGAUUCUGUCAAAGUGGUGGUCUUCAACAGCAUUAACAAAUGCACACAGAGGAGAAGCCUUUUGAAUGUUCAGAAUGUUGGAAGCAAUUUGGGGAGAAUGCCACUCUUCAACAGCAUUUACUGGAGAAGAAGCCCAAGCUAGAGCAUGGGAAGAGAUUUCAUUCACAGUAGUAGUCUUCAACAGAUUGUAAGAACCCAAACAGGGGAGAAGCCUUUUGAGUGUAAGAAAAGAAUCAGUUGUGGUAGCACUCUUUGAAAAGAUUUAAACCACACAGGCUAGCGUCGUUCAGUCAUCCUUCAAUAUCAUCAAAGAACCCACUAGUGGUGUGCUAAAGAAAUAUGUGGGUUUUCCGCUCCUAGAUUUGGGCCAGGUGGACCUGAAAAAUUGCAGCAUUCUCAAGUAUUUCUGAAUCCCUAUAUUGGUUUUGUAUUGGGUAAAUAUUUUGGGAAAACUUAGUUUAUUUGGCUCUGAUAUACCCUAUGUGGAUUGUCUCUGUGGAGUUUAUUGGAGAAUUUUACUUGGUGAGUUGUGCUGCUGCAAAAAGGCGAGUUUCACAGUAUGGAGCACCAAACAGAUCAAAACUGUAUAUGAAUGCAGAUAUAAUAAUGAACUUGGUAAAUUCAAACAUUUUCAGUCA